CAUCACCACAACACUCAACACAUCACACAUAAAAAUCAAAGAAAAAAUAUAGGGCAUGAUGCUCACCUUUGCCCUCCUUAUGAGGGCGAGGAGUAUUAAUGUCUUAUUUCUGGUCUUCUUGGGCUACGGCGAUGAACCCCACAUACUCGUCAUCGUCCACACGCUCGAAAUUCUUCUCUCGUCCUCACCUCCAUUCCUGUUUCCUCGUCCUCCACCGCACUGCCUCCACAUCCCACGUCUAUCGCCCGUCCUUCGUCCAAUAUGACGGGACUCAAGAGCAAAGCCUCCCGCAUCUUCAAGCGCGGUGGAAGCCCAGCUCCGCCAGCCGCUCCUGAGGCCGACCCGCCGGCCGUCGUCAAGAAGAAGCGUAUAUAUCCCGUCUCUGUAUCGUAGGCUGAAGGCAGUCACGCU